GUCCCCCUGACCUCAAGCACCUUAGCUGUUAAUAAAGUGGCUGAAAGGGAAAAAGUGUUUUGUAAAUUUACUUGAAAUGUUACAAACGCAACAUUUUAAAAAGUUAACUCUUUAUAUUUAUAUUGCAUAUAUUUAAAUUUUUGAAUGACUUUGUUCGUCAUAAGUUGUGCAGCUGUUAAACAUGUCCGGCGUUGUUCCCACAACAAAAUGAUAUAGAACACUCAUUUGGAGACUGAUAUGGUUAUACCGUGUAGUUUGUGUGGCUGUGAUUACAUAUUUUUUGUAAACACUAGUUUGCGAUAAAAGACGUAAAACUGAAUGAAGGGCGAUUUCGUCGGAUGGCACACCUUUUUAGGCACAACACCGGCAACAACUUUCCCAGGAUUCCUCGCUUCCCCACGACCCGCUCUUUGGUCGUUUCAAACAUGGAAAAAAGCGAACAGAAGAAGUCAGACAGCAGGGUGUCCGCAGCAGAGCCCAAGCCCGCGGCCGGCGCUAACGACGAGGACGACGCCGCAGAAAAAACAAACGUUUGUUCUGAAAAGUUUGACCCGCUGCAGGCCUUGUACUCUCCGUCCGCGGCACCUCUUCCCUUCCCAAACAUCAAGUGCUUCAACAAUGUGGCAGAGUACGAGAGUUUUCUGAAGGGUGGCCGGGGCCGAGCCAAACCGGAGAACGUGGAGAAGAGGCAGCGAAAGGCGAUGAAAGGGGUGGCGGACCCGGAGCGGAUCGAAAGGCUGAAGAUGCUGAUGGUGAACAACCCGGUGUCGGACCCGGAGGAGGGGGGCAGUGGCGGCCAGAGCCGGAAGAAGAGGAGGCAGAAGCCCCAGAAGAAUGUCCUGACACGGAUGCCCCUGUGUAAGGGCAGUCCUCUGGGAGAGCUGUACCGCUGCGUGGAGGAAAGGAUAAGGGUCAAAGUUCACAUCAGGACCUUUAAAGGACUUCGGGGAGUGUGCUCAGGCUUUGUUGUGGCCUUCGACAAGUUCUGGAACAUGGCGAUGGUGGAUGUAGACGAGACGUACAGGGAACCUCUGCUUGGAGAGGCCGUGUACCACGAGAAGGCACUCACAAUUUCACGACUCUUUGAGAAGCUGAGCCUGCAGCGGGACUCGGGAGCCAACGAGGCCGCCAAGAAGCAAGAAACAAGAGAGGAAACCAACAAGCCUCAACCUGCAAAUCCCCAAGCUGCUCCGAAGAGCCGCCCUGCUCAGCCUGCUGGUGCGAGAGGGGACGGAACGCCUGAGUCCGAGCAGUCCCGCACGGCGAAGAGCAAACAGGAUAAAGAUGAUGUCUCACAGAAGAGCCAUCAGAAGUACGGGACGGUGCGCACACGCCACAUCAGCCAGCUGUUUAUCCGCGGUGAGAAUGUCAUCCUGGUCAAUCCACAGCCCCUCUGACUGAAAAUCCUGCUGGAUUAAACACAAACGCUUGACUCUUCACCAAUGUCCAGAUUGAGAUGGGCCUGUUAUAUCAUAUUGAUAUGGUGCACCAAAGGAAUGAUCUCAUUUAUUGAGGAAUAAAACUUCUAGUCUGG